GAAAUACUCUACGCGAUGAAGUGUGUUGUUUACGCCUACUCUCGGUUCAAGAUGGCUGCUGGAGACAACAGCGGCAGGCCUCCUUGCCUUAAUUUUUCUGGCCCGGGUCCUUUGGGAAACAGCCAGCCCAGCAACAGCGUUUUCUCCAUGCCAGCAUCCAACGGCGGAGCGGUCGGUAUGGCUGGGGGAGCGCAGGGAGCAGCGAGGCGUCCCAACCCACAAAUGGGGCCUGGCGGGGGAGACGGCAACGGUGUUUCGAGCGGAGCUCCCCCGACUGCGCAGAACUCCCUGCAGCAGUCCGCUGCGGCAGGUGCUGCGGCAGUCGGAGUCAUGGCCACCCCGGCGUCUAACAUGGCAACCACCCCAGCGUCAAAUGCGUCUGCGUCGGCAGCACCCACCGCUACCCCGGCGGCUGCGUCGGUGCUGGUCUACCGGGAGCCGGUGUACAACUGGCAGGCGACGAAGAGCACCGUCAAGGAGAGAUUCGCUUUCCUCUUCAACAACGAAGUGCUCAGUGACGUUCAUUUUUUGGUGGGCAAAGGAAUGGGGGUUCAGAGGAUACCUGCGCACAGGUUUGUCCUGGCUGUGGGCAGCGCGGUAUUUGAUGCCAUGUUCAACGGAGGGAUGGCGACGACCUCAACGGAAAUCGAGCUUCCUGAUGUGGAGCCAGCUGCCUUUCUGGCCCUUCUAAAGUUUCUCUACUCGGAUGAGGUCCAGAUCGGGCCUGAGACGGUGAUGACCACACUAUACACUGCUAAAAAGUAUGCAGUACCAGCCCUGGAGGCUCACUGUGUGGAGUUCCUCAAGAAGAACCUGAGAGCAGACAAUGCGUUCAUGCUGCUCACACAGGCCCGGUUGUUUGACGAGCCCCAGCUUGCCAGCCUCUGCCUGGAGAACAUCGAUAAGAACACGGGAGAUGCUCUCGCCGCUGAAGGCUUCACGGACAUCGACCUGGAUACCUUGGUGGCAGUGUUGGAGAGGGAUACCCUCGGGGUGAGGGAGGUGCGUUUGUUUGGUGCGGCGGUGCGCUGGGCGGAGGCAGAGGCUCACAGGCAGCAGUUGCAGCCGACGCCCGAGAACAAGCGCAAAGUGCUGGGCAAAGCCCUCACGCUCAUCCGCUUUCCCCUCAUGACCAUCGAGGAGUUCGCCGCAGGUCCGGCCCAGUCCAGCAUUCUGACCGACAGAGAGGUGGUGAGCCUCUUCCUCCACUUCACAGUAAACCCCAAGCCUCGCGUGGAAUUCAUCGACCGGCCUCGCUGCUGCCUCCGCGGGAAGGAGUGCAGCAUCACCCGGUUUGGGCAGGUGGAGAGCCGCUGGGGUUACAGCGGGACCAGCGACCGCAUAAGGUUUUCAGUAAACAGAAGGAUAUUUGUGGUUGGGUUCGGUCUCUACGGCUCUAUACACGGACCCACAGACUACCAAGUUAACAUACAGAUCAUACACACGGACAGCAACACGGUGCUGGGCCAGAACGACACGGGCUUCAGCUGUGACGGGUCGGCCAACACCUUCAGAGUCAUGUUCAAAGAACCAGUGGAGAUAUUGCCCAACGUCAACUACACUGCCUGCGCUACACUGAAGGGCCCGGACUCUCAUUACGGGACCAAGGGAAUGCGAAAGGUAACGCACGAGUCGUCGUCCACUGGCACAAAGACGUGUUUCACCUUCUGCUACGCGGCGGGCAACAACAACGGCACUUCUGUAGAGGACGGACAGAUACCCGAGGUCAUCUUCUACACAUAGUCCCCUCUGAUCCCCCCCCAUCAAAUGGGACCGCCUGACACCAGCGCGGGGCCGGCGCCUCAGCAGCCGUUCUGGGGACUGAUCUCCCAGACAUCAUUCUGUUCCUCCAUGUAGUGCACUACCGUUGGCCGCACGGGGAGACACCUAACCGUAAAGCGAUGUAGGUCACUACAUGGGGCGUAGCGUGUCAUUUGAGAGGCUGCCUCUCUCUUUCUCAGUGGCUUCCUUUUACCCCUUUGUGUUGAUGUGAUGCCAGCCUCUGAAACAGACAUGACUGUAACCGACUCCACAAAGGAGGGAGAGAGGAGCCUCUCAGAUUAUUCACAGUAUUGAUGUCACUGCUGUGGAUUGACGGCAUAAGGCAGUAUUCUACUGAAGCUGUACAAUUCCACUCCUGUACUGCACAGCGUUAGUGCAAAGGAGUUGGAACUGUAUGAAUGUACGGUUUAAAAGAUUCGCCAAGACAGGAGCCUCAUCACCGUUCAGUACAGCCCAGCGUUGCACUCAAUUCCACAUCAGCUGUAACUUCCAUAGACGUCAUAGGCUUUAUGAACUCUUUGAACCAAAGUUCAUAUUAAUCUUAACAACAUGAUAAUGGUAAGCAAAUUUCGGGUUUCUACAUCCAGUACUAUCUGUGAUAUCUUGUGUCCUUGCUUGGUAGUUGCCUAUACCCAUGAUACCUUGCACUUCUCGGCCUUGCAUAUGUUCAUUUGUUUGUUCUAUGGAUGCACACUAACUCUUCAGAUAUGUUUCUUUUUAGCUUUGUUUUAAAAAGUAUGGGCGGAAGAGCUUUCCGUCUUGGUUCGGAAGUUAAAGGGUUGUACAUUAAAGUUGCAUUUAAUAAUGUAUAUGUAACUUGAAAUAAUUAUUGAUUAAAGAGUGAAGAAAAAA